UAUAAUUUUCUACAAGUGAAGAAAAAAAAUCUAGCAGAGCGUGGUUUCGAUCCACGGUCCUCUGAGUUAUGAGCCCAGCACGCUUCCACUGCGCCACUCUGCCCGUCGAAUGCAGCCCUGAAAAAGGGGGAAUAAAUGCAAGGGUUUAACACACAUGCGACUAUUGCGCAAGAAUUGAGGUGUGUGAUUUGAAGAUAGGGUCUAGCAUUCCUGCGUGAUCACGCAGGCAGGAAGUGUGUCAGAUGUAUUUUUCCCGGUGCAAGUGUGAGGUUUGCAACGGUGAUGACAUUCCGAAUCUCAAGGGUGACGAAGGAGGAAUAAAAGCGCGGGCGAUCAAGCGUAUUCGUAGCGUCGCGCAACGAUCGAGUUCGGCGAAACAUCAUGUUCAACGCACAGGCUACACAACGACUAGAUGAGAUGGAGAAGAAGACGAUACCGGUUAUAGAGAUUGAUGCAGAGUCAUCAGCAAAGUUUACCUUGCUUGAAUUGUUGACAGACGUGUGGGACGCGUCUUUUUCGGCGAAGCGGAAUAUAAGACUGGUAAUUGCAAUGAUGGCAGGUUACAUUGCGAGAAGUGGAAAAGUGGCUACGCGUCGUAUGCGUGAGGGACAGGAGAUGAAAAGCAUUUUACAGGAAAUGUACAGCUUGUGGGUGCGGAUGAAAGGUUCGAUGAAUGCGGUAUGUUCUAAGCGGGAAAUGCAAACCUUUGUAAAGUGCAUCGCUCCGAAGGAGUUGCACGUUAAGCUUGUUAAAGGUAUAAUGACCGAGGAUACGUUCCAAGAAUGGGUCAUCGAGUAUCAGAGGCAGUUUGGAAUCUUAAAGAUGGAUUCAGCGAGUGACAAACCGGAGGAACUCGACGAUGGGAUGGACUCACUGUUCGAAUCGGUCGCGGAGCCGACAUCGCAAAAUGUCACGACUGUGCAGAACUCGAUUGUGGUGCAAGAGCCGAUAUCACAGAAUAUUACGAGGAUGCAAAACGGGAGAUUGCAUAUCACGAAAACACCGGGUGAGAUGGAUGGUCAAUUGGUGCGCAUGCAAGUGUUCAACAUUGACGAUAUAAAAGAUAUCGAGAAGCGUAAUUGGUGGAAACGCGCCAAGCUGCGAGCGCAAUUUCUGUAUUCUUCGAUGAGGAUGGAUCUCAAGCAUCAGGCGUUGUGUCAGUUGCUCGAGGCCGUGGUGAGCGAUUUGCGAAGUGUGCCAGGGGUCAAGACAGAGACGCGCGAUCUGUUUUACUCGGAUGACGCGUGUCCUGAACGCAAGAGAAAGCGUUACGACAAUGACGAUAUCGCAAUCGCAAGCGGAAGUUGAAUAAAACGCUUGUAGUGUCUUAUCAACAGAUGACAGUAACAUAUUAACUGUGUCUCACAAAUAAAGAAUAAUAAUAUGAUCAAUAUGCUGGUAUUAUAAAUCUGUAACCUAAUUAGUAAUAAGGUACGGUGAAUAAAUAAAAAACAGGGGGAUAAAGUCGAUUAUGAUACAUAUUUAUUUGUAUUCAUGUAACAUUUUCUUAGAAUAUACUAUUAUUAUUAUUAAUAUUAAGGGUGUAGUCAGGUAUGUGUUUGUUUUUUCAUUGUGUUAAAAAUCUGAAUCUUCGUUGUCGUCGUCAUCGAUGUUGUUGCUGUUGUUGCUUGUUCGCGUGAGUCGAUAUAGGAGAUCGCGCAAUUGUUGAAACAGU